AAGAACUCUGAAUAAAAAUGAUAAACACUGUGUGCAGCAUAUUUAAUUAUUUAUAUUUUGCAUUCCCUCCGCCCUUCGAGGUUGCAUGGUAACGGGUUUGCAAGAUUGUCGUGUUUUCUGAAUGUAAACUGAGCUUCACUUGUGUGUAUUUUUAUGUCUACGAAUGUGUGUUUAAUCGUAGGGGUUAACUAAUAAAUGGCAUUCUGAUAAAUUCACUACUUGAGUAGUUUAAAAGGCGUUGGACUUGGACUUUGUGUUUAUAAAUUUUCGUAUAAAUGCUCAGGAUGACUAAAGAAAAACUGGAUGUUAUAAUAUUUGGUGCAACCGGGUUUACCGGCAAAUAUACUGUAUUUGAAGCGGCAUCAGUGCUGGGAAACUUACGUUGGGGUAUUGCCGGUCGCAAUCAGGCUAAACUCCAAUCUAUCCUAGAGGAAAUGGGUGCAAAAGCUAAACAAAAUUUAAUGGACACACCCAUUGUUAUUGCGGAUGUAGGUAAUGAGGCAUCAUUGCUGGCAAUGGCACAACGUUGUCGUGUAUUGGUCAAUUGUUGCGGACCCUAUCGUUUCUUUGGUGAGCCUGUGGUACGUGCUUGCAUAGAAGCCGGCACACAUCAUGUGGAUGUUACUGGUGAAACACAGUUUAUGGAAAGUAUGCAGUUGAAAUAUCAUGCUAAAGCACAAGAACGUAAUACUUACAUAGUGUCUGGCUGUGGCUUUGAUUCAAUACCAUCCGAAAUUGGUAUUUUAUAUGCAGAGAAAAAUUUUGAUGGCACUAUUAAUUCUGUAGAAACAUACUUGAAAACAGUUCGUAAACGUAGUCCUAAAUCUGCUGGCAUACAUUAUGGAACAUGGGAAAGUCUUAUACAUGCUAUAGGUCAUCUACACGAAUUAAAAGAUAUACGUCCGAAAUUGUUUAGUGAAAAAUUACCAAAAUUUCAACCUAAAGCUCAGCGCCGUCCACCGAUUUUCAAAUCUGAAGUUGUCGAUCGAGUGUGUUUACCAUUCCCUGGCCCAGAUUCAGCAGUUGCUGCUCGUACACAACGUUUUCGCUAUCAAUUCGAACGUAAACGUCCUGCACAGGUAAAUAGUUUUGUAGCCUUUGGUUCUUGGAUAGAAGCAAUUAUUGUUGGCUUUAUGGCUAUCGUGUAUGGUAUUAUGGCACAAUUUUCAUUUACACGUAAAUUACUUUUGGACUAUCCAAGACUUUUCACAUUUGGUUUUGUUUCACAUGAGGGACCAUCUGAAAUUGUAAUGAACAAUACACAUUUCUCAUUCACUAUAAAAGCACUUGGCUGGCCUAAGUCUUCAAAUUUAGCUGAACCCACCGAUCAAUAUAAGGAUGCACCAAAUAAAUCAGUGGUUGUUAAGGUUUCUGGUACAAAUCCUGGCUAUGGAGCUACAUGUGUUGCAUUACUUUCUACAGCUGUUACAAUACUGAAAGAAAGCGAUAAAAUGCCAUCAACUGGUGGAGUCUUAACACCAGGUGCCGCCUUUGCUAAAACUAGCAUUAUAGAAGAAUUGCAAAAGCAUGAACAUGGACUUAAAUUCGAAGUUUUAAAUAAAUAAAUUUUAAAGCGUGUGACGGAUGGUUAUUUGGAAACGGUUAUGGUUUAAAAUUAUCAUACACAUACAUACAUACUUGUUAAAAAUUAUACAAUAA